CCACCUAUAGCGGGGUGCCUGAUGUAUGGGAAUGGUGUGUAAAGCCGGCAGUGUGAAUGACUGAUCAGCAUAUUGAUAGGACAAGAUGCACGGGCAUAUAUCAAGAGAUGAUGACUCUGGGUCUGACUGGGACAGUAUUUCUGAAAUGGCUCCACCACCACCGAAGAAACAAGAGAGCCAAAUUUCUGCUCGAGGACAAUCUCAAGAUCAGUUGGCAGCUGUACCUCGUAAACUAAAAUCAUUGACGCAUGUUGAUCCACAUCUUGGGAGUAAGCAGGCCAGUGAAAAUCCCCCAUUUAGUUUCAGGUCUGAGAUUAAGAGUCCUGUCAGAGUUUUGUCUGAGCACACUGCCAAGCCAGGUAAACAAAAGAAAGGAAAGUUGUAUGACCCUCGUCCACCAUCUCAAAGGCGUGUAAGCUUUGUUGAAGAGGACUCCUUUGACCAAGACAAACCAUCAGCAAAUGGAGGCAUGAUUGGCACUGACAGUGAUAUUGAAGAUCCGCUGUAUUCUACUGUUAAACCGAAAGAGGCUAACAAUCCAGACCAUAUUGAACCUCCAGUUGAGAAGGGAAAUGAAGAUGAAAUUAUUCAUGAAUCCAAGAGAAAGAAAUCUCUAAUUUUUUCUAAAUCUUUGCAUAAGAAGCUACAAGGAAUAGACAAUAAGGGCUUUAUAGAGGACAAUGAAGCUGCAGAUAAAAAAUCCACAAAUUCUAGUCCAGUUUAUGCUAAACCUCAUACUUUAGGUAACCAACGCCUUCCACCCAAAUUACCACAGGAUCGUAAUAGGUGUCAACAAGGGCUGAAGCACGAUACAUGCCAUACAAUGCCAAAUCCUGAAAACAGCUUAUUGGUUAAUCAAGAAUGGUCGCCACCUCUUAUACUGACGGCGGGAGAAACAUCUCUGGAGUCGGCUGGGAAGAAGUCGGUGGAGGCCGUCAAUAGGGCCAUGGGGGAAGCCUUUGCUCUUAUAACCUUCCCUUUCACCUGCUUUACUUUGUUUCUUCAUCAUUUAAUACGGUUCUUUCUUCAGGGGGUGUUACGCCCUCUUUUGGUAGAGCCCUUGACGUUGAUAGUGGAGUAUUUGUUGCAUCCUAUCAUGAGUGGUGUGUUGAGGCCGCUCCUCAUCACUGUGCAUGGUGUUUCCCUAUACUUCAGUGACAUCAUAGUGGUGUGUCUGAGACCUUUGACUACUGUAUUGCAAUCUUUCAGGUUAGUCGAGAUUAAUCAGACGCGAAGGUACUCGCUGGAAGACGUUUAGAUUCUCCGUGGAUGAUACUUCUUUAUUUUGAGGUUUUAAGUGUUUGAAUUUUAUUUCACUUUAUUAAAAAAAAAAACAUUUAGCAUUGAAUGUAAUAAAAAACUUGUGUGUGGUGGGUUCCCUCAGGGGCUCCCCUGAAACAGGGAGCUAACCAAUGCUAACUGAGGAGAAACCUUCCAGGACAAUUGUCAGAAAUUUUGAAUGAUGCAUUUCAAACACUCUUGGGACCAAUUGUUUUAAUGAAAUAGCCUAAAUAAAGCUACAGAUUGCAUGGGAAGAAAACAAACCAUAAAGCCAUGUACUGUAUUUUAAUGAAAUGUGCCUUUGUCGGCUGUACACAAGAUUUGUGGUUUGGUUUACCAAAAAUGUUAUACAAAGGUACAAAAUUUGAGGUAGUCAUUAUUAUUUGCUAGUCAGUGCUUUCCUGUUAUUGUUUGCUAUUUAAAUCUUUUAUUUAAAUCAAAUAUAGUUUUCUAAUUCUGUAUUUUGAUCAUUUUUAUUUUGUGUUUUUUAUCUACAUGUAUAAUAAUACUGUAAUCAUAAACAUUUUAAUUUGCUUAUGUAUUUGCUAUGAUGUGUUUACACAUUUCCAGUAUAUGUUGACUAUUUCCUUCAAGUAUUAACACUUUUGUGUUCCAACGAUGCUGAAACACGUCAUCCGUACUCCUGCAGUAAACGUUCUAAUGAAGUUAAAAUGUGUCAUUCGAUUACUAUUCAUGAACAUUCGUAUAGUUAUUGUCGUCAUGAAUAAUCUGUUAUAAAUACAGUACAUUUUUUUUUUUAUCUAUUCCCUAGGUAAUAGUAAAAAAAAAUUUGCAUCACCGAGCAGCCUGUGAGAGGCCUAGGGAGCCCGGAUCAUUUACAGUGGCGAGUGCGUGAAGACGCCAGAAUGUGAAAGCGUUAAUAUGAAUAAUGUGAAGUUGGAUUAAGCAUAAUAAACUUAGCCAGUGUUAUAUAAGUUAGCAUUAACACUAGCAAGGUGUGUGUAAUGUUCUUCCAUAUUGCUAGUGCUUCAUCAUUAUUCACUGCUUGAAGUAAUCUGGUUGACAAAGGGUGACUUCUCGUUCAUUCUUUCACAUCUUGCAUAUUAUUUUAAAAUACUUUGUUAGUCUCUCACCUGUUCGUUGUACAGCACUUUACUAUUGUAUUCAUCAUAAGUCACAUUGCUCUCCUCCCCUUCUUGCAAUCAACCAAAGAGUUUCUAGAUCUAGACUUUCUCUACAAUUUCUAGUUUUGGAAUUGGGUGGUUAUAAAUAGGAGCUGCCUCGUAUGGGCCAAUAGGCCUUCUGCACUUACCUCUAUUCUUAUGUUCUUAGAUCUUAGGCUUCCACACCACCCCUUCUCCAGUCAACCAAAGAGUUUAUGUAAGCAAUGCUACAACUAACUUAUCCAGCCAAAGAUAAUUUGUAUCUUAUGAUUAUUCCAUUCUCUUUUUUUUUUUCCCCCUCGCCAAGCAAUUACGGAAUUUUAGUCCUAGACUUGCCAUGCCGAUGAAAUUCUGGCUUCUCAGACUUUAGUUUAAGGAGCUUUCUGGAUCUGGUCCUGUAAGUAUUGCAGAUUGUUAUAUAACUUAAUUGACACUUCACACAUGUUGAAAGUCUCUAAUUUAAUAUUCUGUGUGUGGAGAUAUAUGCAAUUUAAAAAAUAUAUUUAUAGCUUUCAUUUUUUCAGACUAAACCCAAUACUGUUCUGUAUAUAUAUUACUUUUUUUCUAUAAAGUAAAAUGAUUUUCAGGUUUAUUAAUAUUUGAAAUGUUGAUAUAAUACUCUGCAAUUUAUAAGGUAUAUAUCCUAGGUAUACUGUACAUGUAUGGUCAAACUAAUUAUAUUCUGGCAUUUACUACACAAUUGUAUACCUCAGAUGCAUAAGUUCUUGCAGGAUACAACACUAAUGUGCCCCUUGAGUACAAGAGUGUUGAUAAGGUAUGCACAGAUCAAGUACGAGGUACUUGUAAGGCAUAAUACUAAUGUACAUGUUAGAUACAUUAAUAAUUCAUUGAAUACUUUUAGGGCAGGAGCCAGUGUAGAUGGUUCACUACCGACUUAUCCUGGAUUAGUUUCCUGGGGAGGGGAAGACAUUGGGGCACAUGUCCUUACACCUAAUGCCUCUAUUCACCUAGCAGUAAAUGGAUUCCAGGGUGGUGGUAAAGAGUUGUGGGUUGCAUCCUGAGGAAUGGCCAGUCAUGGGCUAGGGUGACCACGAUAAGCUUUACAGGCUUACUGCCUCGGGGAAUGGGAAACCAUUUUGUUGGAUGCUGAUACCAUUGCAGCAAUUGUUGAGGUGGGGGACACUGUCCACCACAGUUGACACCAUGAUAUUCAUUCACACUUGUAUCGACAACUUCUUUAGUGAUCACUAUUAGUUUUAUUUCAUAUUUCACUAUCAUAUCAAACAUGCUUAGCAUAAUCACCUAACUUGUGUCAACUAGUCAUUCAUGAUAGCUGGUUCCACCACUAAUCAAACUUCAAACAAGGUCAGAUAAACUCUAUGGCGAGUGUUGUGUUUAUAAUAUUGAGUUUCACAUUAUAUUUGCACUAUUCUAAACCUCAUCAUUUGGAGAUCACACUGAAGGUACAGUACUUGCAAAGGGCUGUAACAUCUGCCUCUUCACGAGGGAAAGUGUAUUGAACAUGUAGCAGACUUGAGGAAUUGUCCAACUGAAAAGGUGCAUUAAGCUUGCACCCAAAGCACUGUUAGCUUUUAUACAUGUUCUGCUACCUAAAUAGAAUUGUUUCACACAUUUUACCGACACUUGGACGACGACAACAACAACAUACAUGUAAUCACUCUCCAAAGUGGUUCUCUAUUAAAUUUGCCAUAUUUUCCUCUCACAUUGUUUGCCUUGUAUUUUAUAAUAAUAAUAGAAAAAGUACAUACAUAGAUGUAGUUACAAACAUUCUGAUUGAUUUAUAGAUAGAGCUAGUACACACAAUACCUAAAGCCACUAGUAUGCAUAGCGUUUCGGGCAAGUUUCGUUUAUAUUUUUGCUCUCAUAUUGGCAUCUCGAGUGAUAUUUGAGACCUUUUGAGCAUCCCAUGACAUAGACAGUGCUAAAAUAGCUUUCCUGGCAUGGUACCUUCUUUUGGUAAUUACUUACUUAAAUUUGCCAUAUGCUUUUUCAAAGUCCAUAAAUACCACAGACACACAUUACACUCUUUCUCAGGAACCUUCUCUAAAGUCAUCUCAGUGUAAACUUCUGAUUGCACAUCUGUUUUCAGAGUAAGAAAUUAUACUGUACCUGUAGAUGUUUAUUUUUAAAUACACAUCUUUUUAAUAUCCAGUGCUAACUCCAAGCUGUUAUUACUCAGUCUUUGCUCUGUAUUAAUCUCUAAUUACCCAGUAAAUAUUUAACAUUUUGGACCUAAACACCAUGUAAUCAUUGAAUAGUGUAUAUAGUCUAGUAGUGUAUUACUUCAAUAUAAUUAAAAUAAAAAUAACUUUUUUCUCUUGACCUAAUUAAGUUUCUCACCUACCAGCCAAUUAUUUAUAAUUAGCUAUUAUAGAUACAAUAAUUUAUACUUUUAUAUUCUCAUAUAAUAAUUAUUAAUAUUUAUAUGUUUAGUACAAUAUUUACAAAACCUACUUUAUGUAUGAAUCCAAAUAAUGUGACUUAAAGGGCUAUGUUUUAAGCGACCUUUGCCCAAGCUGCUGUGUAUAAUAUGGGCUUUGCAUAAUUAUAACUAAUGUACAUUAAUUCUUGCAUUAUUGUUAAUCUGUUAUUUUGCAGAUUGGACUCUUCUAUGCAUUAACAAUGAUAAAUUAAUUUUUUAUAAAGAUCUGGUUGUAAGGUCAGAAUUAAACCAUUACCAAAGAUGUUUUGAAUCCCAGAUUAGUAUAAUAUUUAUAUCUAAAUGAUUUAUCUCAAUUGUU